GAUCUCAGUUUAGGAGGAGUUUGUGACUCUUGUAGCUCCCUAGGACAUUCACCAAAACGUUUUUUUCCCCCACAACGUGAGCAGCGCAGACCUUUGCCGUGCAAAGUUCGAUCUCUUGGCCGAGUGAGCACCUUCUGGGAAAUGAGCCAAACAAACCGACAGUUAUCUUGGAGCAAAAUUUGGCCAGGUGGGGAGACGGUAAAGACGGGCAACGCUGUGAGCGCACCCAGCAUGGCGCUACAAACUGAAGAAAGUCGCCUCUUUUUCAAUAGAAACUCAGCAGUGAACAGCAAUCUGACAGGACCCGAUAAUGCAGACGCAAACAUUUACGGACACAUGAAUACGCCAGCCUGUGACAUGGAAAAACACUGCUGCCAGACAGCUGCUGCUCCUCAGGAGGAAUUGUUAAACGCUGACUGCCGUGUGGGCGACAGUCGCUCUUUUUCUGCCUGCGCCACAAUCUCAGAGACAGCCAGGGAGCUGUGUAAAGCCGUGUCCGUGUCCCUGGGACUGGCCGUGGAGUCCAGUGACACGAGCGACCCGUGCGCCGCCAAUGACCACAUGCGAGCUGAGUAUUUGUUCGGAGCCGUGCCUCUGAGCUGUACCGGCGUCUCGGCUGCUGCCAACGAGUACAAGUACCGAGAUGACCGGAAGCAACUGGUGGAAAUGUUCAAAAGUUCUGACCCUGCCGCACGCCUGCAACACCUCACCUCCACUCGGACAGCAGUGGAUGAGCCAAACUUCCCACUUUGCGAGACUAACGACAUAACUUCUCAAGAGAUAGAUCACCUGGACACAGCGCGUGCUGCCUCUUGCCCUUAUGCCCUGUCUUCGCCACCAGGCAACUUGGCACACUUCGGCCACGCGGCAACAGAGCGGCCGUGCCGAGUCUAUAAGCCGCCCGAGGAGGCGCGAGACUUCGGGGAGGCCAUGGAGAGCAAGUUCGGUGGUUAUCAGCCGGAACAAUACGGAGUCAAAAUCAAAUCUGAGGACUGUGAAGCUGACGGGGCAUUGUGGGGCAGUAAUGACACCUUUAAUGACAAGUACAACACUCAUUGCUGGGGCUCUAGGCAGUGCACAAGCACUGCGCACGGCACAAGCGCCAACACCGCGUUCAUAUGUGAUCCAUACGAGAGGAGCGCCAUGCGUCCUGAACAGUGGUACCCGGGCGGGAUGCUGAGGCCGCCUUAUCCCAACUCUAACUGUGUGAAGACCGAAGUCGGUGAAUGGCUGGAUGUCACCUACAAUGACACCAGGUUCGAGGCUGGCAGAGAGCACAUGUUCCCCAUGGAGUUCUUCUUUCCACCACAGAGGACGUGCCUGAUCUGUUCAGACGAGGCAUCUGGCUGCCAUUAUGGCGCACUCACCUGUGGCAGCUGCAAGGUUUUCUUCAAACGAGCUGCAGAAGGCAAACAGAAAUACCUGUGUGCAAGCAAGAACGACUGCACUAUUGAUAAGCUAAGAAGAAAGAAUUGCCCAUCUUGUCGGCUGAAGAAGUGUUUUGAAGCUGGAAUGACUCUUGGAGCCCGUAAACUAAAGAAGAUCGGACAACAGAGGAACCCUGAAGAUGAUCAUCCUCCUCAGGACCAUUCAGAGGUCAUCCAGAAUGUCUCUCCUAAACUGGGCCUGAACUACAACUCCCAAAUGGUCUUCCUCAACAUCCUGGAGUCCAUUGAGCCUGAGGUGGUGAAUGCAGGGCACGACUAUGGCCAACCAGACUCAGCUGCCACCCUGCUCACCAGCCUCAACGAGCUGGGAGAGAGACAACUGGUCAAAGUGGUCAAAUGGGCGAAAGGACUGCCAGGUUUUCGAAAUCUCCAUGUGGACGACCAAAUGACAGUCAUUCAGCAUUCAUGGAUGGGUGUGAUGGUGUUUGCCCUGGGAUGGAGGUCCUAUAAGAAUGUCAACGGCAGGAUGCUUUACUUCGCCCCGGAUCUUGUGUUCAAUGAACACAGGAUGCACAUUUCCACCAUGUAUGACCACUGCAUACGGAUGAGACAUCUCUCACAGGAGUUCCUGCUGCUGCAGAUCACUCAGGAGGAGUUCCUCUGCAUGAAGGCCCUACUCCUUUUUAGCAUUCUACCAGUUGAGGGUCUGAAGAGCCAGAAGUGCUUUGAUGACUUGCGUCUCACCUACAUCAAUGAGCUCGACCGCGUCAUUAACUAUCGAAUGGCAACCAACUGUCCUCAGAGGUUCUACCAGCUCACGCGACUCCUGGACUCUCUGCAGAUGACGGUAAAGAAGCUCCACCAGUUUACAUUUGACCUCUUUGUCCAGGCUCAGUCGCUCCCCACCAAGGUCAGCUUUCCCGAAAUGAUUGGAGAGAUAAUCUCAGUCCAUGUACCAAAGAUCCUGGCAGGUUUGGCUAAACCGAUUUUGUUUCACGAGUAGAAGUUUGUUUUUUUUUAUUUAUCAGAAAGUGACUCAUCUUUGCUGCCUCCAUAAACUUUAACGAAGGUACUGUUUCCCUACAUCUUCAGUCUAAUAGCUCUUAGCCCUGUCCUGUAAUCAUUAUUUUGUUGCUAAAGUUUUUUGUUCCUUUUAGCCAUAAUUGAGAUUGUUUGUUCAGAACUGUUAAAGCUUUUAUCUGAAGCGCUGUGAGGCAUCACCUGUUGACAGCUAUGCUGGUUGUGAGUGGAGAGACCGUCUACAGCAGGAGCAGAAAUGCUACUUUACAUACGCAGUAAGUCUGUGAACCAUGAUUACAGCAAGCUUGCAGGGUUAAAGACAAUUUUUAGAUGUUUUGCAUGUGACCUUCAUUAUAUAUACUUGAUGAGGUAUUCAUACGUUUAAAAAAAAAAAAAAAAAAAAAACAUAGGACAGCCCAAAUUGGAUCCCAGAAAUAUACAAAUAGUUGUUCACCAUCAACUUAAUCUGUCGUGAGGUGAUGCCUUCAGAUGCACUUAACAAGUUCCUGCAUGUGAAAUCAAGAGUGGUAAAUACAAAUUUGAAGGCUUUUAACUGCUUAAGUGCCUUACAAUCAGAAAUGCAGAUCUUAGAUUUGUUUUACAAAUUUAACUUUACCAUCAUUUUUUAAACUUUCUAACAAAUGGACAAAAUCCUGACAUCCUGGCUUGACGUUUAAGCUGCAGUUGGUAACGUUUAUGAUAAAAAUAACUUUUUGAAAUUAACUAACUAAAUUACAAUUUGACAAGACUAUUGGCUACCAAUGUAUAAAUAUGACUAUGUAAUGAUUACAUUUUUUUUUUACUACCAACUUCAAACUAUGGUUGCAGAAAAUUCUCUCUCAGUUGUAUUUAUUAUUCUUUCAAUGUUGUUCUGAAAGCAAUCGAAGGAAGCAGUCAUAGGCCAAUAUUUGUUUCUAUCUGACAGUAAAAAAGACAGCUGACAUUGUGUCGUUAAAGCAUUAGGAAUAUUUCACCUGGGCAUUAAUAUCUGCUCUUCUACAUGAUCUUUAGUACAGUUUUCAGCUACGUGACAGUCAUUUAAAAAAAAAAAACAACCUUCGUCAUAUACUGUCAAACUGUAAACAGUACCUAGUUCUUGCUAACUGAGCCAAUGCAGCACAAUGCAGACAUCUGCAAAACAUACUGCAUACUUUUUGUUGCUCUGAACCUAAAACUUUUUCUCAUCACAUUGGCAGCAAAUUCAUAGUUUUCUUGAUGUUACUUAUUUGAGCAUUAAAGUUAAAAAGGCAUCAAAGGUAUGCUUUGCAGGAUUGUCAGUUCAUAAACACGCUUGCAAGUAAAAGUGAAAGGAAAAGCCAACCCUAGAUUCAUUUUCAUUUAGUGAUUUGCCUCUCUAUAUUUGUGGGGGGGGCGCAGUGUAUCUCUUGGAUGGCUGCUGCUCAUAGUCUGCUCCAAGCUCACCUGAGCGCUGUGCAGGUUUGCAUUUUUUUUUUUUUAAGAAAAAUUUUGCAUAGUAUAUCUUCAUCUUAUAGAUACGUACUGGGUCAACUUGUGGAAAUAGGCACUGGGCAUGAGGGGAAUUGGAGAAAACUGCACUUUUGGUGAAGAAGUUUUGAUAUUUUAUUUAUCCCAUGCACAGCUACGAAAUUAUUGUUGAGUGAAAAUAAAUAAUGAACUUUGAAGAAGUUGCCACAGAGAUAUCAUGCCCUUUUCUGCAUGCCAAACAAUAUCUGCUUAGAUUGAAAAAGUACCAAACUCCCCUUCAGAUUUUUUUUACAAAGCAUAGGCAUGUGAUAGAGAAUUACAAACUUGAAGCAAAAGUUUCAUAGAUAAAACUAAGUUGCCCGCAGUUAACACUGUGUAUUUACAGUGCAGACAACAUGAUGUUGACAGCGCCAUGCUGUGUUGCAGCAGCAGGAACUGGAAGACUUGUAGGGAUAUGAGGAUGAGAGCAUGCCACCAAAUAUAGGCAAACACUGAGUGAGAUCUUGAUUUAAAGUGCCAGCGAUCUUAGAUUAGGGCAGUAACGUUCCAGCAGGACACCAAAUAGUAACUUACAGCCAACUUCAAACUGGAAGGGCUUCAGAUGUUGAAUGUGAAAGUCCUUGACUGGCCCUUCUGAAACACAGCUGAAAAUCUGUGGAAUGCCUUGAAGAUAACUGAUCAAAGACCCAUGAAUAAAACUUCUUAAAAGUGUUCAUUCAUAGGGUCAAAUACAAUUAUCAGCUUUUGUAUUUUAUUUAUAAAAGAUGAAUCAAGGUGGUCAAACAUGAGGCACUUUGUACAUAGCUUGGUCAACUUGAUGCAGAGUGUAAAUCACACUGAAUCUCGUGUAGCAGAGCAUCGUGUUUAUCAAAUUCCAACACAAACGGAGCUUCAAAAUUACUUCUGUGGUACAUUUUGCAACUAUGUUUUAUAACGCUGUAAAUUCAACACUUUUUAACAAUUCCACAUCUUUUUCACGAGCUUACAGGCAUGCAUUACGUGUUUGUAUAACUGUAUGCGUCAGAUUUAGCUUUGCACAAAGAAAUGCAUGGACGUCCAUGUAUCUUUCCUGUUUAUUGUAUUCUGACUGAUCGUCAUCUGUCAGAAGGCAUGAUACCGUUUUGUUGUACAGUGUACAGUGAUAAGUGACCAUAACAAUCAUUUUGUAACUAAUUAGUUCAAAAACUUCAAAGUGCUUUACUUCAUCUGCAGAAAUUUAUGUCUUAAGCUUGUCUUUUUAUAGAGUAUUUACUAUGUGAAAAGAAAAAUGGAAUCGGGUAACUUUGGACUAGUCCAGGUGAUCCAUGAGACUGGACCCCCGCCACAACAGCUAAUUAUUUCCAUGACACUUGAAUAAAUGUGUCUGCUGUCAUGUGAGAAAGCAGCACUUCAAUGUUAGGUUUAGACUACACUGAAUUAAAACAUGAUCCAAGAUUCUGUGUAUUUGCAUUUACAAAAACAGUCCAAUGAUUUGGAAAAUUACUAUUUUAAUUAAGCUCAUAAUUGUUCAGUUUUGAUAUAAAGCUCUGAAAUAUUUAUCAGUAACACAUUCUCAAUCCCAACUUGUCAAAUAACAACACCUGAUCAGUGGCCCAUCUCUAUAAAAUAUGAUGCACUAGCCUAACCCUCCUGUGUCACACGGGGAUCAUCUCUUUUCAAAGUAAACAAAGAAAUUUCUGUUUUCACCAGAAAUGUACAGUUUCUGCAUAUUAAAUGCGUUCAGUCUUUUCUAUAACAAACUCAGACUGUAGGUAAAAAACUUCGUAUUGAGUUUUACUUUGUUAGUUUAGGCAACAAAGAACAUAUUUAGGUUUAGAAAAAAAAAACAUGGCUAAGCUUAAAAUACUUGCGCUUAUUACUAACGCCAUAUGUCACAUGACAUACAUCAAUAGCAUAAUAUGCUAGUUUCACGAUUAAAAAAUUUGCCGCCCCAAAUAGAUUUUAUAUUUUUGGAGCUGGAUUGUUCAUUAAGAGUGCUGUUUAAAUAUAUACACUGUUUGUUGCGAUUCAUUGCAUCACACUCGGAGCGCAGAGUGUACUCUGGGCACAGAUGAAGCAGCAGAACUACAUUGACAGUGCAACGUAACUGUUCAUUCUACUGGGCCUAAAAGUUUGCACUGACUCUCAGUAGCCACUCCUCUCAUCUAUUGAUCCCAUCAGCUAUGAACAGAUCGACAAAUCAAUUAUUCACCCCAAAAGUAAAAAACUGCUGAGAAGGAAAAAAGAAGGACCCGCAAAAACCUCAGAAUUUAGAGAGGCGACAAAGAAUGAUCCAAAGGGGCACACAAGCAUUUUUUUUUAAAAGGACAGUGUUCGACCCAACUAGCUUUGCUCCCACCCACUCUAAAAGUGCCGCCACUCAGGACAUGUCAUACUGCCACUGAAGAGUAUCUCUGUGCAGCAGUGUCUCAGGCUGACGGCCACUGACCAAAUGUCGGUAUUUGACAAAUUGAAAUCAAGCCUUCUUACAUUUCUUGAAUGCACUAUGUCUUGUUGCACUUAACAUUUUGUUACUUUUUAUCUUUAAAAUUGAUGCUGUUUCUAAAUACUGUUGUUUUUUAUGCUUUUUUAUCUUUGUUAUGCAUUAAACAUGGGAAAUUUGGAGGCACUACCUGUGCCAGUGCACCUUAAUGACCCACCUAAUUCCCUGUACAUGUAUUAAUAUUCAUGAUUUAAUCACAGUAAGCUACAGUGUUUGUAUUAUGUCAAUGGACAAUAGCUGGUAUGUGCCCAGUGUACUGCAUAUUAACCUGGUUCUUUGUACAUGCUCCAGUAACUGUAUAUAUUGAUUAGUUCAAUGUCUGUUUU